CAGGACCGGAUGGAGAGCUUGACUUAGAUUCGACGGCCUGAGGCUGCUGUGAGGCAAGCACACUGGUGGAUUGUGGGCAAACGAGGCACCUCAAGCAAGACACCUGAUUGGUCGACCAUGCCCCACUUGUUCUCUUCCAAAUGUCAUCGCCAACUCCAGGCAACUCAUCGUCACUGCUCCGUCCACCUCAUCAGCGAAGCAGGUAAUUACGAAUACCUCACGUUAGGCCCUCUUCAACACAGAUAUGCGUGAAUAGCAUCACUGCGUUCAUACAUAAUUUACUCCACCCUUACUCACCUCGCCAACGAAACUGCCAGGAUGCCCCGCGCCAUCAGAGGAGUCCUCAUCGAGUGCGACCCCUCCAUCAAGUCCAUCAUCGUUAAUAUCGACUCCAACAACCAUGACUACAUCAUUGAGGAUCUCGACGACCAGCACGUCGUUGUAAAGGAGAAUAUGGUUGGUUUGCUCAAGAGACAGCUCGAUGAGAGGUUGAAGGAGACCCAGCAGCCCGAUGAGAGUUCAGACUCUGAUUGAGUGCUAACGGAAUCGGUGCAUCAAUUGUCUUUAUUGUAUAUGCCUCCAUUUGCUUCCGACUACUCCUCUACUGUGUCCUGGAUACAAUCGUCUCCCAAAUUCUGGCUGCCAUGCGCCUAUCGCUGUGCUUUCCGCUGCAGCAGCAUUCUCCGUUAUGCGAUCCUGGCUAUCAUGGCGCGUGUAUACUGUAUGGUUUGCGGGAGGGAAUCAUGAUCCGUCCUGACCCGGGAAUGUCUAUGGGAAUGGAAUCCAAAUAGCCUCACUCAAGGCCGCAUCAUUGUGGCAAUACCACAAAAGUGCUGGCACACAUUUGCCUACCUAAAGGGCGCCGACUAGAGCUUCUCAAAAGUAGGCUUCUUCUUCUGCAACCCGGACAUCAAGGCAGUCUUGGUAUCGCUUGAUUGAAGCAUGGCAGCGUUCCAAAUAGUAGUGUACCGCAAGUCUAGAGCCAAACAGUCAGCAAAGUCAAUGAAGAAAUAAAGCCCAAUUCCAGGGUACUGGAGAAUACAAAUGGGCAUAGCCAUUAUC